GUACUUUCCCAGUCGGUUGCCAACAUGGCGGCUCGGCGAACGGGAUUACUGCUAUUCCAACGAUGUAAUUUUUGUUCGAGAGAAACACUCAAGCGAAGAUUUGGCUCUAUUGUGUGCAGUUUUUCAAGAAUUGGAAAUAAUUUACUGGUUGCGUCACGUAGAAAUGGAAUUUUCUUUUUGUCGGGUGAGAACUUGCUUCCGUAUAUCAGCUGACAUAACACAACUUUUUCGAAAACAACCUUACAUAAUCGUUUUAACUGCUUUGUCACCUCUAUCCUCAGCGUCUUCGCGCAAGAUUAACCCCUCAUUUUUGGGAGCGAUUUCGUCUCAUAGAGAAUUUCACACGUCAGGUUAGUAAAACAAAUAUUAUCAGACAGAUUUCACCGGCGAUAUUUUGCGACGAUCGCAGUUUCAACCCACGUGUUCUUGCUAUGUGAAAUAUUGGAAAUGCCGGUAUGAGUUAAAUUUUUGAAUGAUCUUUUUGAUGUCGCUUCUUAUUUGAAUAUAUUUUGGUGAUAGCUACGUAUGAAUCGAGAAGAAAGAUGGUAACAAUUUUUUACUUUAGUCCAGUACAAAAAAAAAUUGCGUUUGCCAUACUGUCCUGAGUGUUUCCAUCAGCAAUGACGUUUGCGAAAUAUUCUGUUAUUGUUUUUGUCAUGAAACCUUUUUUCUCCACAGAUCCAACUUACAAGAAAGAUUACUACAAAAUUCUUGGAGUACCACGUAAUGCAGACCAAAAGGAAAUAAAAAAGGCGUACUUUAAUGUGAGUACAUGUACACUUCGUGCUACAUAGGUGUUGACACACCUUUGGAUCGACAUUUCAACAUGAUUCUUAUCGUAUCUGGCAAAAAGAAAGAGUCGAGAAAUCCUGAUACCUUUCCUAUGGUAACUUUAGUAAGAUGCUGUGAUCAACAGAAUUUUACCACCUGUGUCAUCUUUUCAAAACACCAACAUGAACAUUCUCUAAACACAUUGACUUGUCAGGACCUUUAAUAAAAGGCACAUAAUCUGUAGCAUGCAUGAGCUGCAACAAUAAGGGAAGAAUUUACAGAUGAUAGGAAAGUGGUGGAGAGAAAAGGGUUUCUCCACACAUUUCCAGAGAAGAAGGUAAAGGAGAAGGAACCUUACUUCACUUGAAAUUAAAGAUGUGGACUAUUCAGAUACUAGCACUACAUCAUACUUACUUUCCUCCUAUAACUAGUCCUAUUUAUUCUCUUUAACUCUUUACACCCUAACAUCAGUAGACAAAUUCUCCAUACUGUUCUUUAUACAUUUCUUGUGGUAUUGACAAGGAGGAAUUGUUUAUAAAUCAAGAUAUUCCUGAAAAGGUUAAUUAUUUCCCACAUAAUGUAUGGAUAAAUUAUAUUUUAGUUACUCUGAAGAGUUUAAACCAACAGUAGAUGCAAUGAAGUAAGCAUGUAAUUUUCACCUUAUGAUUCAAGCCUGUGUACCAACUGGGCAUGUUUUUUUUAUUAUUAUUAAUUUAUUUCUUUUGCAUCCAGAGUUACACACAUUGCUUAACAUCCACUUUCCUCUUUCAGUUGGCAAAAAAAUACCACCCCGAUACAAAUAAAGGUGCUGAUGCAGCUGAAAAGUUUCAGGAAAUAAGUGAAGCAUAUGAGGUAUGUUACUGGUAAUAUACUAUGGGACAUUUUUUUUUUUGGUAUUUGACUAUAAAUUUUUUCAAUAUUGAUGACAUUUGGCCAAAAAAACUCCCUUCAUCAUGCCUGGCCUCUUUACUUGAAUACACCAUGUCAAGAUGUUGUUCCUGGGUUUCAGGUUUUGCCUAUGAAUCUUUCCUUUACUGUGUGGGAAACAUCACUUUUAAAAAUUUAAAUGGGAAAAAAGUUUAAAAAAAAGGACAAAAGGAUAAGAGUGGUGAAGGAUGCAGAUCAGAGACAUGGAAAAUAACAGAGAGACUUUUUUAGCUCUCCCAAAACUUCCUGCUAAAGCUGAUAGGUGACAGACUUUUUCUUAACUGAUAAAGAAGUAAAGAGGGUCAAAGUUACUUUCAUGACCAGAUGCUGUCACUAUUACAAUGAGAAAAAAACUGUAUUUUACAGUACUGUUGUGACCCAAAAUUUUUUCUCAUAAAUCCACAUUCUCCUCAGGUUUUGAGUGAUGACAACAAAAGGAGUACAUAUGACAAUUUUGGAACUACAGAUUUUAGUGGUGCAGCAGGUAAACAGUCUUUGUGGUGGCACAUUUAUAACCAUUUGGUUUCUUGAUAUGUUAGUUUUUCAUUUUGAUUAAUUAGCAGCUCUUUUACAGUUAAAAGCUUGGAAAUUUCACUUUGCAAUUUUGUCCCUUAAAGUUAAAUGUAGUGGAGGAAAAUACUGACCUUGGUGGUUGAAAUUAUCUCUUCUAGGCGGUAACCCAUAUGGUGGUGGAAAUCCUUUUGGUGAAGGCAUUGAUCCAGAAGAUAUCCUAAAAAACUUCUUUCGUGGAGGAGACAAUCCCUUUGGCUUUGGGACCAGAAGUGGAGGAUUUGGCUCUGACUUUCAAGAAAUCCAGCAGGUCAGACAUUCAAAAACUAAACAAUUUUGCCUCUUUUUUACCCCCCUUCCUGAUAGUUUCUUUAAAAUAAAACAUCACAUAUUUAUUUUGAUUAUAUAUUCCUGUUAUAACAUAUUGAAAGUUAGCAGCAGUUAAGUGUCACCCUGACACCAUUGUCAAGGUAAUCAAACAACUUAUUAACCCUUUGACUCCCAUGACUGAUCAAGACAGAAUUUCUCCUUACAAUAUCAAUACAAUAUCAACCAGAUAUGAGAUGAGAAUAAAGAAAACUAUCAAUUUGGGGAUAAUUAGGUGAUUGAAUACUAAAUUCUCUGAACUAGCAUUAUAAGAAUUGUGUGGUUGACAGUAAGGAGAAUUAUGAAUUUGAUCUGGGAGUUAAAGUGUUAAAGGCUUUGCACUUCUGGUUUGGACUAUAUAGUUACCUUCUGUUCAAUAUUUUUCUCAGUUACUAAGAAGAUUGCAUCAUGAUAAUAUUGGAAUAUCAUUCACUUUCAUUAGUUUUUAUCAGUCAGUGAAUUUUGAAAUUCACAUGUCGUGUUUAAUUUGGGAAUUGUCCAGGAAACAUAACUGCAUUUUAUUUCAUGAUGUUAUUUACAUUUUUGCUUCAGCAUGUUCUAAACCUGUCUUUCAUGGAUGCUGCCAAGGGUUGCAAUAAAGAUAUUACAACAAGAACAAAAGUAGUAUGUAACAGAUGCAAUGGCAAACGAGCAGAACCUGGAACCACUUAUUCGCAAUGUCCCACUUGUAAAGGAACUGGAGAAGUAAGAAUUGUUCAUCUGUGUUGCUCUUUGCUCUUUACAUUAGUGUGAGAUCUUGAAUAAUUUUUUUGUACUGUAAAUGGUUUCAAUAGGAGGGUAACAAUUUGAUUGCAUAGUGUGAUUUUCUAGAUGGGGCAUCCCAGAGAAGGAUAGUUUUUUGCAGUGGCAACUGAUGUCUCAACAACCUUGGCUGAAGUUGUGAUAGUCUCGACUCUGAAGAUGACUUCCUCUGAGGUUGUUGAAAUACCAGUUACUUUUACUGACAGCAGUCCUUCUCAGGAGUACAUGUACCUCCAGCUGGAUAAUUGGAGUAAAGGAUCACAGUUAUCUGUGCAAGAUAGCAGAAGCAUAAACCAUGUUAAUUUGUUUUCAGGAAACAGUUAACACGGGAUUCUUUCAUAUGAGAUCAACCUGCCGGCGCUGUGGCGGCCAGGGUGUUUUUAUAAGCUCACCAUGCAAGAAGUGUAAUGGAAAAGGAAGAGUGAAUGAAACGAAGACAAUUACUAUCCCAAUUCCUGCUGGUGUGUAAAUCAGUAAAAUGUUGUAUUCUCUUGACCAUGAUAAAAAUUUUUGAGAUAAUUUGUGCAGCUGCUCAUCAAACUUUUAACUCUGAGAAGUUAUUGACAAUUCAGCAGAUUGGUUGGUGUGUGGAUAGCAGUUUUUUUCGAUGGAUAGUUCUAAUCCAUUCUUUGAAUGAUUUGAACAAUUAUGACAAGUUUUGUUACAAAGAUGGCUAGUCAAUUUUGUGAAAAUGUAGUCAUCGUUUUAAUACUUUUUUAACUUGCAGGAGUUGAAGAUGGGCAAACUGUCAGGGUGCCAGUUGAAGCUGGAGAAGUAUUUGUAACAUUUAAGGUUUGUGAAAAAAUCAAUGUAUUAGUGUGUACAAAUUUUGGUUUUUCAGUAAGUGUGGAUAUGAAAGUAAAUUAAGUUUUUUUUUACCCAGGAUAAGUGUUGAAUCUGUUUUUUACCCAGGAUAAGUGUUGAAUCUGUUUUUUACCCAGGAUAAGUGUUGAAUCUUCUUUUGCCAUAUGUUUGGCUUGUGUUCAUAGGUUAGUGAGAGUAAAGUGUUUGAAAGAGAAGGAGCAAACGUCAGUUCAACAGUGACAAUCAGCUUUACACAGGUAAUGUACAUGUACCUCAUCAUCUUUGUAUUCUCUAACUUGUUGAAGCUUUGUGGGCAUGGUGAAAUAUCAAACCUCCACAAGUGGCAACUUGUAUCUCUCUACAAGAACAACAGAAAUUAAAGCAUCUCAUUGGUCAUAAAAUGUACUCACAGUGCCUAGUUCACUGACAGAUCAGUACUUUAUUUAAUGUGUCAGUACACAGAUGGGGUCAAAAUAUGUUCCAAACAUAUUUUGACAUCUCCUGUGAUGUAUUACUGCUCAGACCCACAGCAACAUGGAAUCCUAUUUGUUUAAUAUGAUAAAAAAGCAAAAUGUUGUUAAUGGUGACAUCUGUGCACCUGUCCUCCAAUAGAUCAUAAUUCAGUCUUAUUGUGCUCCUACAACUCAUUUUGGCAUGCUCUUAACAAUGGCCAGUUUUCUUAAAUAUCUCUGUCAUUUAUCUCUAGGCCAUUCUGGGAGGCACGAUACGUUCUCCCGGUAUUCAUGGAGAGAUUGAAAUCAAGGUGGGUGUAAGUCACACAGUCAGGGAUAUCUUAGUGAAGUUAAUAUGUUUUGCUAUGAUUGCAGAUUUUUCAAUAAUAUAUGGUACAGUACCAAUUGAUAGGUUAGAAUAGCAGGUUGAUGUUUUGAAAGACUCCAGGGCCUUCUGUUUCUAGGAAGAUUCAGGCUUCAGUGGGAAAUUCUGAAGUUCUGGACCCUGUAGUUCCAUUUUCCUGGUUUUUGAGGUCUAAUACAAUCCACUUGGCUUUGUUGUUCCAAGAAGCAAACCAUAUUGAACAAAAUGAUGUGAAGAGAUUCACAAGUAUGUUUUAAAGUGCAAUGAUGUUAGCAUAAAGAAUACAAGUGGAUAACCAGCUUAUUACAAGGGUGUAGAUCACUCACUAUGUGGCUGCUCACCAAGCCCCUAGCCUUGCCAACCACCCCUUCCCCCCUUUGUAGUGUUUUGUCUGAUUCUUUUUUGUUUUUUCCCUUAGAUCCCUCCUGGUACUCAGUCUCACCAGAAGCUCCGUCUGUCAGGGCGUGGCAUUCAAAGAUUAAACGGCGUUGGCAAAGGAGACCAUUUUGUGAAUUUUAAAAUACAUAUACCCAAGUAAGUCAGAUUGAAGCUUGUAGGACAUUGAUUUCUACAUUUUCCCCUACAUGAGUAGGGGAUGGAGGGACCAUAUGCUAAGAACACUUGAUUCUGUUUUACUUGCUCUGGGGAAAGUUCAGGUUAGGCAAUUCUGUUGUUUGUGUUCUUGAACAGGACACUUUCUCAGUGCUUUCUGGCAAACAAGGGUAUGAAUGGGUACCAGCAAAGUGUUAGACAGACUAAUGGCCACUCACGUUGGAGAGCAGAGAUGCAAUGCUAUGGAUGUCUUUCAUAGGAAGACAAAAGCAAUUAUUCUUAACAAGGGCCAGAUGUUUGGACGUGUGUUAUUAACCCUUUGCAUCCUAACAUCAGUAUGCAUAUUCUUCAUACUGGUCUCUCUUCAUUUCUUAAUCAUUUAACUCCCAAGAUCUGGUUGUUAAUUCUCCCCUCCAGCAGUUAGACAUUUCCUGGUGAAUUAGUCAGGAGAAUUUGGUAUCAUACCAUAAUAAUGACUUCUACCUGAUAAUUUUGAGCAUUCUCAUUACCUGAUUGUUGGCUGUAUGGAUGUUUUAGGGAGAAGUUAUAUGUGAAUCACUUCUGGGAAUUAAAGGGUUAAAGUGCUGACAAGGAGAAUUUGUUUAACAAUCAAGAGCCUCUCUCAUUGCUGAUCAUUUCCUUUAUAUCCUCAUGGCCUUAAUGUGAUUCAGGGGUGAUGUUGUGAGGAGAAAUUCAGUGCUAGUCAUUCUUAGGGGGUUAACGUUGAAUAAACGGUGCUUUUUCCUCAGAUACCUAAAUGAGAAGCAAAAGGCUUUAGUAUUAGCAUAUGCCGAGCUUGAGGAUGAGGUCAGCGGCACAAUAAAUGGAGUCGAUAAAUCAGCAAAAGGUGGGUAAUUUAUUUUAAAUCUAAGUCAAUGGGCAGCCUAAGUGUACAGUGUCAUCUCUCUCUCUCUCUCUUCCUCUUCCUUGCAUUUGAAAUUCUCUAGCAGAAAUCUUAAAUGCAAUGCCACGUUAUCAGGGUAUAAAUUGGCAACUUCAAGGUGUGAGGAGGCAGUUGAGUUUCAUUAUCACGUAUUUUCCUAUUGUUUUUAUGUUUGGUUUUUUGUUUUGUUUGUUUUGUGUCGGUUUUUUUUUUCGUUGAGUGGAGCUCGUUUAUCUGUGAUAACUAUCUACCACGGUACACUUGUAGCAGAGUUUUAGUUAGGUGUGUCUCUUUAUUUGAAGCUCAUGGACAGGACUACAGUGAAAAAGUUCCAUUGAAAUGUAAUCAAAACGGGACGAUGAAGAACGAAGUAAUGAUCGUCUAAGUUUGAAUUGAUUUUUUUUUUAAUCAAAAUACCCCUUUCGGGAAAUUCUCAUAAUUUAAGUUCACAUGACAUAUUGUCACAGAGUGAGUUUUCAAGACAAGGUUUCACAAUGAAAGUUUGCGUGACUAGUUUCCACAACAUUUGAGUUUGCGAGGCCAAGUGCCGUGACUAAAGUGACAAGGGUACACAAAUGGAGCUUUCGUGACAUUGCGUCUCGAAGCUUGUAUGACGUUCGUGUCCCUUCAUCACACAGACGCCCCACCCAGCCAAACUUGGCAGGCGUAUGAAACACCCACCGGUGGAAAGACGGCGAAUGAGAUUGAUCUCGAAGAAGUCGUCAAAAAGAAGCGUCCCUUGGGUCGGUUUAUGCCUGACGGAUCAUGGGAUGACGAAGACCCGGAAGGCAGAGCUCGACUCGCGAGACGGCAGUUUUUGAGAAUAGCGAUGGUCGCAUCGUUCACUAUAGCUGCCUAUCUGUUUAUGCAAAUCAUCUUGCUGGGGGUUGAGGCCCGCGAGUUUGAUUCGGAGAACGCUCAUUGUGACAAUUUAGAAAAUGGAAGUUGACAAGCCAGUAGUAAAGGGAGAAAUUUUUGUAAAUCUAAUUUGUUAAAUUUUAAGGGGUUUGAUAGUAUUACGUAGGUGUACCGAGGAGGAAUUGAGGAGUCGGGGAGUGUGAAAGUGACAAAGUGUUUAAAAUCCCCUGUCAGGCUCUCUUGUUUCCUCCUCUUAUUUUUGUCCCCUUUGCUAUCUGUUGUGUUGGAAACAGUUACGCUAUAUAAUUUCCUGGUGGAAUAACGCUCCACCUGAGAGGUCAUCACCCAACAGCUGCUUCGCUUUCCCGCUGUGCAACAGUUUAAGAAGCAUUUGCAAGCGACAUUCAAAGCUUUGAAUUUAGUUACCCAAGCGAAUUAGGAUUUCAACACCAAGUCACUAACUCUCCUUUUUUUUGGCUCUUCAAUUUCUCCAGACCAAGGAACAAAGACGACUGCUGAAGAUGAUAGCGGAUUGCUAGGACGCUUGAAAAAAGCAUUCUGCGGAGACGAUGACGAAGAUGAUGACGACAAAGAUAACAGGCGUCAGGGAAAGGCGUGACAACGCAUGCGCACCCUGCUAAAAGUGUUGCGCAAAUUGCACGAACUGUCCACAGUUUUUUUUAGUAAAUCGUCAUUAUUACUCUCUUUUUUAUGGUUCAAGGAUAUGCCAGGCAGUGCAUCACUGCCUUCGAAGGUAGGGCGUAGGAUUUCUGUCUCAAAAAUCCGCUCUGCGAGUCAAAUUAUUUCCUAGGACGUUACAAUUCACGCGAAUAAUUUUUUUUAGACGUCGUAAUAUUAAAUGUAUUUAUACAGGCGGAAGGCGUUGCCAAUCCUACAGGGUUUUACGGACCUUUUAAGCAAAAGAAAUAUAAGAAUGGCUUGUCUUAAAUCGCACUGUAGUUUAAAUUAUGAAUGCACACCAAUCUAUUUGCGUUUUGUUUAUUUGUUUGUGUGAUUGUUUCUUUCACCACGUAAUAUUAAAGGUAG